AUGCCUAAGCGGGCGUCAGUCAACACGCAAAAACCAGUAUCAAAGAGAAAGAAAUCUACGGGGGCAUCGGCGACGAAUGCCAAACCUGUUGAACAAAUCGACUAUGAUUUAUUAGCUGCCGCCAUCCUAAGACAAACACAGAACUCGAGCAACAGCUCUAUGACUCAGGGUAGCAGCUACAGUGUGGAUCAUACUAAUUUGUCUGUGUGUGACAUAAACAAUACCAAUGUUGACGAUCAGGAAGUGUCUCCAUUGGAUGUUGCCACUCAACAAAGAGUAAAUAACACUGCAACUAAUAAUCCUGCAAGCCUGCCCCCACCAGCAGAGUCUAAACAACCUUCAGAUUCAACAUCAUCUGUGGCUAAAUUGGUUAAUGCGUUAUUGAAUCAAGACGAAGGUGAGCCAGCAACAGCACAAGUUAGAAAUGUAAUUUCUUUGUCCGAUGGGAUUCCUCCCGGUGCUGCAACAUCCCAACGCUUAAAAGCUAAGGUCUGGGCAAGCCAAUUUAUAGAUUUAAGUUUGUUGUUGCAGCGUCGAGAGGAACCUAUAUCCUUGAGUAUCACAACUGGGUCUGUAACGGUACAGCAGAGGCACUCAAAACCAAAGGCGCCACUGUCUAUUCAACAGUGGACUGACGCCUUUUUGAUUUUCAUGGGGAUUUACAUAGAAAAGUUCCCAGACCAAGCCCCCCACCUCUUAAAAUAUUGUUACUACAUAAGGGAAUUGAGUAAACUGUUAGGAGAUAAGGCAUGGAGUGUAUAUGAUGAAAACUUUCGUAUGUUGAAAAAGUCCACUGACUUUCCAUGGCAAAAACCGGUCGAGGAAUUACGAAUCAAAGCUGCCUCCACUCAUUAUCAGUUACAACAGCCUUUUCGUUCAAGCACAGGCAAUAAGCCUAUCAAAUUCUGCUACGCAUUCAACAAUGGGGACCAAUGUAUCCACAACCCCUGCCCUUGUACUCACAAAUGCCAAGCAUGCUCCGGUUCCCAUGCAAGGGUUAACUGUAGGGUUAGGAAACAAAAACAACCAACUAAUUCAACCGCUAAGUCCUCAUCAAGCACCCAAUCAGCUUCCUUCUCCAGUCAACCCAAAAAGUUUAAGUAGCUUUCUAGCUAAGUAUGAUGGUAACCUUGCUUCUUACCUCAUAAAUGACUU